AUGCUUUACAAUGACUGCAUUUGGAUUGACCGAUACGAAACAAAAUUCGAUACAGCUGGCGGUGUCAAUUUGCCGAAGAUCACUGAGUGCUAUGGAACGAACGGCAAGAAGUACAAACAACUGUUCAAAGGAAAUGAUGACUUGCGUCAAGACGCUGUCAUGGAGCAAGUCUUUGAACUUGUCAACAGCGUACUUCAACGGGAUAGAGAAACACGGCGGCGUGAACUUAGCGUCCGAGGGUAUAAGGUGGUCCCGUUGAGUACCCAAGCUGGCUUGUUGGAAUUCGUUGGGAAUACGUCACCUCUCCGCGAGUGGCUUAACAGGGCACAUCAAAGUUACCGACCACAAGAUACAAAGCAAAAUGAGAUAUUAUCGCAAAUGAAGGCAGCUCAAGCAACAAAACAGGCUGAACGGCAACUGGAAACAUUCCUCAAAAUUCGAGAAAAUUUCAAGCCUGUCAUGCGCCAUUACUUUACAGAGAAACAUAGGAACCCUGUGACGUGGUUUGCCAUGCGUUUAAAGUAUACUCGUAGCGUGGCGACCACAUCUAUUGUGGGUCACAUCCUUGGCCUUGGGGACAGGCAUACUUCCAACAUUCUCAUGGACAACAGCACGGGAGAAGUUGUCCACAUCGAUCUUGGUAUCGCAUUCGAGCAGGUGAAGGGUAAACUCUUGCCUGUUCCAGAACGUGUACCUUUCCGGAUGACGGCGGACAUGGUCGACGGCAUGGGGACAUCUGGAACACAAGGCGUUUUCCAAAGAUGCGCGGAGGAGACGUUGCGGGUCUUGAGAGACGGGUCAGAAGUUAUUAUGACCGUCUUAGAAGUAUUCAAGCAUGACCCUCUUCAUUCAUGGACCGCGAGUGAAUUGAAAGUCAAGCAUGCACAACGGGACGUCCCUACGAUGACCGCAUACGACACUAGCCGUUUCAACCUCGGGAUAGGAAUUGACAUGAGCAGUGGAACGGCACAAGAGUCUGCAGAUCGCGCAUUAAGCUCUGUCGCUCGGAAACUGGACAAGGGACUAAGUGUCGAGUCUACGGUUAAUGAACUCAUCGCUGAAGCUACUGACCCACUUAACCUGGCUACUAUCUUUUAUGGAUGGUGCCCUCACCUAUAGUUAUCCUGUUCAUCUACGACCUCCAAUCACGACAUCAUGACCAUCAGCAUUUAGCAUUUGCAUAUUCAUUUACUCUCCACAACGUACAAACACUUCACGAAGGGCCUUUUUUACUUCAGAGAUACAAUAAUAGAGAUUUUCAGCCGUC